CGGGGAUGCGGCCGAGGCGGGCGCCGGGCGGCCGGGCGCCGCUCGCCGGGCUGCUGCUGCUGCUGCCGCUGCUGCCGCUCGCCCGAGGCGAGGUGCGGGUGCGGGAGGCCGGCGGGAGGGUGGCCCUGGAGUGCGGCGGCGGCGCGGCGGGCGCCGUGUCCUGGUGGCGGGACGGCAGCGAGGUGGGCAACGGCUCGCGGCUCGAGCUGGGCUCCGCCUACGACGACCCGCGCGGCGUCUACACGUGCCAGUGGCAGGGCGGCAGCGCCUCGCUGCAGGUGCACUACCGCAUGUGCCAGAACUGCAUCGAGGUGGACGCCGCCACCGUCUCGGGGAUCGUCGUCGCGGACGUGGUGGCCACCGUCUUCCUGGCGAUCGCGGUGUACUGCAUCACCGGGCACGACCAGGGGCGCAUGUCGCGAGCUUCUGACAGGCAGAACCUGAUUGCCAACGAGCAGCUCUACCAGCCCCUUGGCGAGCGGGAUGAUGGACAGUACAGCCGGCUGGCACCUGUCAAGGCGCGCAAGUGAGGUCGGAAGACGCGUGGGUCUGAUGAUCCCUCCGCACCAGGAGUAACAUUACAGCAAAGCCGUCGCCAGUGCCCGAGAGCACAAGCAGCCAGGGUAGGACCGCAGCACCGCCUUACUAAACUCGCUGCUGGCAGAAGGCUUUUUGCCUAGAAAGCCUUCCAGCUCCCCGGAGGCCUCCCAGGCUGGGCUCGUACCUCUCCGCUCUUCUCCUGACCUGCUGUACUUUUGUAUUUCUCUGUCAUUAAAGAUGAACCUCUUUCGUAA